CUGACAUUUAAAAAAAAUUUGUCAUUCAUCAUCAAUAUCAUACAAACGUACUUCACGUGGAUGUUUUCUCAUAUAAAAUCUUCAUUCAAACAGUAAAAUGGGCAGUUCAAUGUCAUGCGUUUCCACCCGUCCCAGUCAGGCCGUGUACGACAUGACGCCGGUGAGGAACAAGAACUUACCCAUCAUCUGGAUCGCCGGACAACCGAAUACAGGUAAAAAAACGCUGGGUCGACUCAUUAAAGACAGAUACGAAUUCGAGUACAUUAACAUAACGGAACUGCUGAGAGACGAGGCCAACAAGAACACGAAAAAAGCUCAUGUUAUUAACGAAGCUUUCAAGGGGAAAAAGAAAGUCACCGACCCUAUCGUAAUCGAUCUUCUGAAAGAAUCUCUUCUGAAUUCUACGAACGACAAAGGAUUCGUUAUCACGAAUUUCCCCAAAACUCAGAAGCAAGCCGAACGGUUCAUCAGAGAAAUUGCCAACGUUAAUUUUAUCUUCUACUUUUACUCCGAACUGCCCAUGCUGAUAGAAAGAGCCCAGGAAAAAUCGGGAGUAACGCUAGACCCUGAAACGCUUCGAAGGGACAUUGCUGUCGCCACUAGAGAUUUGAAAAUAUGCCUAUCGAGGUUUACGCUAAAAAUUGAGAGUAUAAACACAAGUAGUUCGCCCGAAGAGACCUUUGUAAAAGUGGAAAACGCGCUGAUAAGGCGCAUUAAUGCGACGCCCAUCAAAACCGAGACGGAUUACGUGCAACCGCAGAACAGCAAAAUCAAGCACGUGCCGCCGCCGCCGCCGCCCCUCAACUACAUGGACGAAUGCGGCAACAAAGACAAAAGUUUGAUAGUCACUCCAUUGAAACCAGAAGAAACCAAACCGGAGGAGAGCAAGCUUAGUCUUAAGAAGGAAACGAAACCGGCUGGUCAGUUGGGAGAACUAACGAAACCGUCUCUGAGCAAACUCGAGAAGAAAGAUACCAAAACGGCCGACAAAAGCAAAGACGAAGAGGACGAGAAAAAGGGUAAGAAGAAAAGCGUGGAAAUCUUGAAGCCCAACGGCGCGGAUCAAUCGGUUGAAGACGAGGAGAGUAUAUCGCUGGAUUCUUAAAGUGUCUCUCGCACAUUUAAAAAUACACCUAUAAAUUUAAAAUUUAUAGCGAAUAUAAAUUUAAAACAUGUGA